CACGAGAAUGCGGCUGCGUUCACGUGCACUUCAACUUCUCACGCUCCAUAGUUUACUCUCCAACUUUUUACUUUGAAUAACGCGGUACCGAUAUGUCCCAAAUGCGUCAUUGGGAUUUGGCUUUAUUAUCUAUUUUGCACAAGCCACAAAGCCACUUUAAAAAAAAGAAAAUCGAUGUCUUCCGCGAUAGACGUGUCGCGAUGUCAGAUCUGGUCCUGUACGGGUACCAGGAGGAGGUGGUCCAGAGGGCUUUGCAAGGGGAGAACAUCAUCGUGUGGCUGCCCACGGGAGCGGGGAAGACGCGAGCCGCUGUCUUCGUGGCCCACAAGCACCUGGAGAGGACGCCUGGGGCCAAAGUGGUGGUCCUUGUCAAUACGGUGCACCUGGUGGACCAGCACUACAGCAAAGAGUUCCAUCCCGCCCUGGGGCACCAUUAUGCUGUCACGGCAGUGAGCAGCGACAGCGACAGAAAGGACUUCCUGGGAUUGGUGCUGCGUGACAAGGAUGUACUUGUGUGCACGGCGCAGAUCCUCCUGAACGCCCUCACCAGCAAUGAGGAAGCCAAGCACGUGGAGCUCUCAGACAUCACCCUGCUGGUGGUGGACGAGUGCCAUCACACGCACAAGGAGACGGUGUACAACAAGAUCAUGAGGCUCUACCUGGAGAAGAAGAUGAGGGGCGACAAACGGCUGCCCCAGGUCCUCGGCCUUACAGCGUCGCCGGGAUCGGGAGGAGCCAAAAGUCUGGACAAGGCUGUGCAGUAUGUACUUCAGAUCUGUGCCAACUUGGACUGUGCCAUCGUAUGCACCAAAAACUGCACCGAGGAGCUCAACAUGAAAGUACCCAAACCCGUGAAAAGGUUUGACAUUGUGGAGGAAAGGCAGGAAGAUCCAUUUGGUGACCAUGUACAGUGGAUGAUGCGACAAAUCCACUGCUUCAUGCAGCCUCCCGAGGACUUCAUCCCCCGAGAGUUUGGCACGCAAGAUUACGAGAGCAACAUAGUCGCAUUGCAAAAGAGAGGUGUGGAGGAGUGCAACAGGCGACUGAUACGAUGUGCCAUCCACCUGCGCGAGUACAAUGACGCGCUGCUGAUCAACGACACACUGCUGAUGGAGGACGCGCUGUGUUCUCUGAAGGACUUCUACAGAGAGACCACCAUCAUCGACGACACCGACCGUUUCCUGGUGAAUCUUUUCCAAGAUAACCAAGCCAAACUGACGACGUUGGCGCGCGACCUGCGUUUCACAAACCCCAAGAUGGAGCAGCUGGAGAGCACCCUGCGGAGGCACUUCUCUCCCAGCGUAGAGUCCAGAGGAAUCGUCUUCAGCAAGACCCGCAAGAGCACGUCCUGCCUGCACCAGUGGGUGCUCGCCAACGACAGCCUGCGCUCAGCCGGCAUCAAGUCCGCCAUCAUAACCGGCAGCGCCGGCAUGACACAGCAAGAUCGCGACAAAACCAUCCGGAACUUCCGCCUGGGCUCCGUCAAUCUCCUGAUUGCCACCAGCGUGGCCGAAGAGGGCCUGGACAUCCCCCAGUGCAACCUGGUGGUGCGUUACGGCCUGCUGACCAACGAGAUUGCCCAGCAGCAGGCUAACCGUCGCGCCCGCGCCCAAGACAGCCACUACUCUCUCGUGGCAGAGCGCGGCAGCCGCGAGGAGCGACGCGAGCACCUCAACACUUACCUGGCGGGCCUCACCGCCAAAGCCGUCGACAAGAUCCACCAGAUGAGCCCGAGAGAGUUCAGAGCAAACAUCGACGAGCUCCAGGCGCGGGCGAUGCUUUGCAACCGGAUGGCGGAGAUCCAGAUGAUGGAGAAGAACGGUCGCUACUUGUCCGCCAACGUCCAGCUGCUGUGCGGCAACUGUUUGACGGCAGUGGCGCAAGGCAGCGACAUCCAGCUGUUGGACAACAUGCAUUAUGUCAACGUCAACCCGCAAUUCAGGAGGCACUACAAGAAGGGCUCUCCGGUCCUUCUGAAGAAGACGUUUGAGGACUGGGAGCCCGGCUGCCGCAUCAAGUGCAACAACGGCAACUGCAACAAGUUUCAGUUUGGAUAGCAAGGAAAGAAGCUUCCUGGUCCAUGGUGGACGAUUUAUGAAGAUCCAUGUUGGUGUCAAGCGUUUGUAAGGUAGCUAGCUGCUUGCUUGAUUCAAAGGUACAUAGCCUCACGUUUCCUUUGUGAGUCUUUUUAGGUUAAAUGUACGCGAAGGACGACGGCGGAAGUUCAUGACAGCCAAAAUGAUGGUAAGGCGUAGCUUCAUGACGCCCUCCAUGCGGUGACGUUGGGGUAGCACUACGCACGCAGCAUGUGCAACAUAGCGGCCGGGUCAUAGUCAGGGAAAGUAGGUUUGCUCUGGCGGGAAAUGUCUAUUUUCGUGUCUGAAAAUGAAACGGGGCCUUUGUGACAUUUUCACAGGCCUGGAGCCACGAGUAACCUUCGCUCGUCGGCAGGAACAGUAAAGCACAAUAAAGAUUGUAUGUUAAUACAAUAUUAAUAUAAUACGGUUGUGCACAAUUUUGACGAUGAUGGUUGAUAUAACAAGUAGCCGAGACAGGAAGUGGCGCAGAAAGAUGAAAAGAGGCUCCCUGGCUGAGGUAAUUAUUGGCUCUCAUAUAAUAAAUGUGUUAUCGUUGAUCAUGACAAGUCUCAUUUCCCCACCAAUGACCUUUGCUAAACUCCCGGCAUUAUGAUCAUUAUUAUACCUUUAUCUUAUUUUAUUAUAAUGUCAUCUAAUCAAAAAGUCUUUUCAAAUGCUUUAUGUCACAUACGUAUUCAGACAAAUUUGAAGUGAGCCAACUAAUGUACUGGUCUUUUCUAUUCUGCUUUUGCCUGUAUUCACUUCUCAAGGUCUCACAAUUAUACAAUUUAUUUAAAUGUAUUUGUAUUUUUUAUCUUGGAUUAACUCAACACUUGAAGUCUAAAGUAUGAAGUCACUGCACUAUUACUCACUUUGCUUUUGAUACAUCAGGUUAGUCAGCUGUGACUAACUGGCAUAUUUGUGUUUUCGUAAAAUAUCGGAAAAUUAUUCUGUUGCUCGCUGCAAAUGGAAGAUCAG